CACUAAUGUGACAUCUGGAGCCUUCGGACCGGGCCAAGUAGUUCCCCCCUCAUGAGAUGAAGUCCAGCUGUCACUGUGGUGUGUGGAGCCUGUGUGCGAGGGGGUCAGUCCUUCUAGAGCAGCAACGGGAUUCACUGACUGGGAGAAAUCAAGGGACGCCCAGUACUCUCUGAAUUAAUGGAAUGGUGUUUGCUUAACAACUGCAGAGAUACACGCUGAUUUCAACAGAUCCUGUAGCAGGCAGGAGCAUGGCACAGGUCCAGAAGAAGACGACCUCUGUGUCACUGACCAUCUCGUCCUGUAUGAGAGAGUCUUCGUCCUCCUUCUCCUCCUCCAGCUCCGUGCUCCAGCAGAGACAGUCCAGCCUGGCCCAGCCGCUCUGCAUCAACUCCCAGCAGACCCAGAGUCCCUCCUCCAGCCACAACUAUGCAGGGAAUGGAGGAGUGACCCCAGCAUUUGUGAAGUGCCUCCACGACAUCAGUACUGUGAAGGGCCAGCUGGUGGUGCUGGAGUGCCGUAUCCGGGGGACCCCCCCUCUCCAGGUGCUCUGGUUCCGAGAGGAGGAGCAGAUCCUGGACUCGGCUGACUUCCGCAUCCUCAGGAAGAAGGCCAGCUCCGUCUCAGUGCCUGAGGAGGUGUGCACCCUGGUGAUCACAGAGGCUUUCCCAGAGGACUCUGGCUUGUUCAAGUGUGUGGCGGGUAACCAGUACGGCACAGUGUCCUGCAGUGCUCUGCUCGAGGUGUACUCCGGUGUGGACGAGGUCCUGGCUGAGGGUGAGCUCUCGCAGGCAGAGGAGGACUUCUCUUCAUUCCUGUGCGACCCCUCGGGGAUCCCCCCGCCCCCCGAGUGGCCUGACAGUCCAGAGGAGGAGAGCGCCCCCCCACUCCCGCCCCAGAGCUCCACACAGGGUGAGUUCUGGGAUCUGCAGGAGCACAGAGCCUCCCUCUCUGAAGCAGCCAGCUCCUGUGCACAGUCCCGGGUCUCACCCGAAGUCUGCACACUGCCACCCCCGCCAGUCGAGGAGGAACCCCCACAGCGUCAAGCCAGCUCAAGCCAGCCGAGGAAGCAGCAGGACCCCGCCGGCGACAUGAGCACGGUCAACGUGCCCUCCUACUCUCCCACCGUCUACCCCCCCAGCAUGUUCAACUAUGAGAGGCCCCGCCACUUCAUCCAGUCCCAGCCGCUCUUCCAAGCGCCCAGCUACGAGAGCCUGCAGGGGAAGCAAGGCCAGCAGGGUCAGGCUCCCUUCCCUAAUGGUCAUGAGCCUUCCCCUUCCUCCUCCACUCUCGGCUCCCCUGUGUCUACCCCCUCCUCUCCGAGAGAGCAGCCUGCCGCCCCCUCACACGCUACCAUGCGCUCCAGUGUCACCCUGAUGCCAAAAGUCUCCUUGAACACCGCCCCCCAGUCUCCUGCUGCCUUCCUCUGCUCCAUCCUGCCUUCACAGUCUGCCUCUGCUCCCCAGCCCAAACCUGUCUCUUUCUUCCAGCCCAAGACUGCUUCUCACCCCCAACCCCAGCCUCUCCUCGCCUCCAAGCUGCAGCCUCCUUCCCCUCUGUGUUCUCAACCCUCUCCGUCUCCCCCCAGCGUCUCCCCCUCUCUGCCCAAGUCCUCCCCCGUGCAGGCCCUGUCUCCCGCUGCCUUCCUCGGCUCUGUGCUGCCCACCCAGCCGCCUGCAAAUCCCAGAGGAUCUCCGGCCUCGGACAGUUUCCCCAGGCCCCUCUUGAAGACCCCCCGGCCUGCCCCCCGCUCCACAGAUGAGCAGAUCCAGGGAUCGAAGGACGCGCUCAUCCAGGACCUGGAGAGGAAGCUGCGCUGCAAAGAGGCUCGCCGGCAGAACGGGAGCCAGAAGUUGACCUACGAGGAGCGAAUGGCUCGCAGGUUGCUGGGUCCUCAUAACGCAGCCUCUGUGUUCGAUCUUGACAAUUCUGAGGACUCCCACCUGGAACAGCAAGACUCGCCAGACGGAAGGCAGACUGGCACAGGAAAGCUCUGGAGCAGGCCUGGCUCUCGAUCAGAGGAGAGCGAGACCGCCUCUAUCCAGGAGAAGUGCUACGCCCCCCGAUUCUUCCAGGUGCCCCAGGACCUCACCGUGGAGGAGGGCCGCUUCUGCAGGAUUGACUUCAAGGUGGGAGGCUUGCCCACUCCGGACGUGGUCUGGUAUUUGAACGGGAAGCCCAUUCGCCCCGAUGACUUCCACAAGAUGCUGGUGUGUGAGAAGGGGGUGCACUCCUUCAUCAUAGAGAUUGUCACCGUGGACCAUGCCGGCGUGUAUGAGUGCGUGGCCAGGAACCGAGCCGGGGAGAACCGCUUCACUCUGCAGCUGGAUGUCAUCGCUCAGGAGAGGAGGCAGGCCCCUGUGUUCAUUCAGAAGAUGCAGAACUGCCAGGCAGUGGAGGGCGACACCGUGCGACUGGAGUGCCAGGUCUCUGCCGCUCCACCACCGGAGCUCUACUGGAAGAAGGACAACGAGAUGCUGCGUGUGGACCCUGAGCGAAUUAGCGUGUACCAGGAUAACACGGGUCGCCUCUGUCUGCUGAUCGAACGUGUGGAGAAGGCUGACGCUGGCUGGUACACUGUGUCUGCCAUAAACGACGCAGGGAUGUCCACCUGCAACGCCAGAGUGGACAUAGGAACUCGUAUGAACAAGUCCACCCCCAGCGGCAGACAUUUAAAAGUGCGACCCACAUUCAGCCAGUACUCUGUACUGAACGGGCAGAGAGCGGACAGGCGGUCACUGAGCCCAGCAAGCCCUGUCCAGACUGCUCCACUGUACGAGAGCGACGAGCUAUAGACUGCAUAAAAACACAACGGCACAAAGAGACUGGCUGACUGCUGCGUCUGGGAGAUCCAGUUACGGGCAACUAAAACAAUCGCUCUCUUACAUUCAGAACUAUUCUCCAAAUUAGUUUUCUUGGAAGUUGAUAUGUAGCAAAUUUUGCUUCUCCAGUUUCACUAAAUUAACCCAACGCCCUUUUGACUCUGUUGCACUUUCUGGGUUUAGCACCAACACCCAUCGAUUUAUGAGGGAUGGGUGUUGUCCCAGUGCAUUUACAGUACAGUGAGCAGUCACUAACACAUUAAAACAAUUUAGUUCAUCCUUGGAAACAGCUUUACAGCCCUCCUAAGCAAAUAACUGCCUGAACACUGGAAGCUGUCUGUUUUGCCUUGUAGAAUGGCUAGGAACUAUAUACGCCGAGCAGGGUGAAGGGGCUUAGUGCUAUGUGGGUGUGUGUUUUUUGAAUGGGUUAUGUUUUAUUGCACAGAACUGACUGUUGAUAAAAUAUGUAUUUAUAGUACAGGGGGUUAUUUCUAAAGUAAAUCAGAUUCUAAUAUUUAUAUAUGUUAUUUAUUUAAAGCACUGCUGGUACUACACUAACCCCGAUUUUGGCAUUCACAAGAACCUUAUUUCUAGGUUGAGACUGUGUAAAUGCAUUUUAAAGGGUUAUUUUGUGGUGCUUUCCAACACCAUGAGCUUGUGAAGGAGCCCUAUGUUAAUAACAGGUAUAAGGAAGCUUGCAUUGAACUGUGUAUGUAUAAGCAGGAAAAAUGAGAGCUGCACAAUAAAAAUAAUCUUUAACAUAAA